UGGACUGUUGGGAAGUUCUUCUGCUCCCCAGGAUCUUCUUCUCACUGUGCAGUUUUCAGUGCAUUAUAAAGACCAUGGGACGGUCCACCUUCUACCUCUUCUCUCUGUUUUCCCUACUGAUCCCGGCUCACUUGGCCCCUGAUCCCACUCUGGACACUCACUGGCAGCUGUGGGUUAAAUCUCACCAAAAGUCCUAUAAGGAUGCGGAAGAGGAACAUGCAAGACGGACCAUCUGGGAGGAGACACUUAAAUUCAUCACAGUCCAUAACUUGGAAUAUUCCUUGGGACUCCACACUUAUGAUGUUGGGAUGAACCAUCUGGGAGAUAUGACAGGUGAGGAGGUGGCUGCAAAAAUGACAGGUUACGCCGGCUCAGACUAUUCAUUGGCCAACAUGACGCAUGUACCCAACGAGUUAUUUGAAGCUGCGCCUCCGACAUCAAUAGACUGGAGAACCCAAAAUUGUGUCACCCCUGUGAGAGAUCAGGGAACAUGCGGAUGUUGCUACGCUAUGAGCGCCGUGGGGGCAAUGGAAUGCCAGCUGAAAAAGAAAAUGAACAUGCUUUUCACAUUGAGCCCACAAGAACUGGUGGAUUGUUCCGACACUGAAGGAAACAAUGGCUGUAAAUCUGGAAAUGAACUCUCUGCCUUCACAUACAUGAUGAAGCAUGGCGUCAUGCAGGAAUCUGCUUAUAUGUAUACAGGACAGGAAGCGGACUGCAACAGGAAAGCUCACACUGGAUUAAAAGUUACUUUGAUCAACGUUGUACCUGCUGAUGAAUUGAUGCUUAAGAAUGCUGUGGGCACGGUAGGACCUGUGUCUGUUUCCAUAGACUCCAGUCGGAAAAGUUUCCGUCUGUACAAGUCAGGUGUUUAUUACGAUCGAUUUUGUACCAAAAACCUAGAUCAUUCUGUGCUUGUGGUUGGAUAUGGUACAGAUAUUCAAAAUGAUUACUGGCUGGUUAAGAACAGCUGGGGAGUUGGCUUUGGAGACCAGGGAUAUAUCAGAAUGGCUCGAAACAAGAACAACCUUUGCGGCAUUGCCCAGCAAGCUUUGUAUCCAACAGUGUGACGCCUGCUGCUCUCAGAUUUGAUGAACCAAUGGGAUUACAAUCUGCAAGCAAAUAAUUCUGCUAAUUCUGUUUUGUUUCUGUAAUGUCCUUUUGUGUAUAUACUUUUACAUUUACAAAUUCCUCAAUAUUCUACAAAUUAUAGCUCUAUGGACCUUG